UCGGACGUAAACACGGAGAUUGUGUUUCCCACAGAUGCCUAGUCCAAGGUUAAAUUUAUUUUGACGACUCGAGUCCGUCAUUCGUCUGACACUUUCGAUUUCUUUAGCUGUUCUCAAGUAGCGGAAAUAUUUGCAGUUAUUAAUACUGUGCGCAGUAUGUUUGUGUGGAAACCACGGGAAAAAAGAAGCGUGAAUUUCAACAAACGAGUUCUGAAUCGGAAGCGGAACAGAAUAGGAAGAGGAAAUUUCCUGUCCUGAUUAAGAGUUUCAGGACCAAACGUUUGAUUCGGUUUUAUUCAACACAAUCGUCAAGACAUAACGGCCAAUUUUCCUUGUUUUGGCACGCCCUAUCAGGUCAAACUCAGAAGCAAAACCCAGUCAUAUUCUUUCCUUAAAUAUAUCAGCAGAAGAUAGACCCGACCUCCAUCAAAAGCCCCCGAGAAUAAUUUACCUUAGUUUUUUCUCCUGUAGAAAACACGACAUGUGUUAAUGAACUCGUCCGAUUAUUUUCCCAGAACCCAAAGCAAACGUUGGCAUUAUCUUUAAGUCCAGUCCGAGUCUACAGAAAUUUCUUUGUUCUGUGACCGUCAAGCAUAUCGAGUGAACGUAUUGACGCAUCUAGAAUAAAACAAGAGUGAUGAUGGCUGUGAUUCGAACUGAAGUUACGUUAUUCCUAUUUCAAGCGUGGGUUUUACUAACUUGUCUAGCGUCAUCGCUGCUGAUGACCGAUUCGGGCUAUGGUAAAUUCAAAUUAACGUCGGUGCUUCAUUCAUCCUCGAACCAAAGUCUAACAUCGAGGCAAAAUUUAAACAUGGAAGUGAUACAAAUUGUGAUGUCUCUAACCGAUUUCAUAACGACAAAUGUCAGACAAUCAUUUGACAAUGAGGGCGACGAUAAAGAUCACAAAGAAAAGAUUACGCAUUUUGGGCGGAUCCAAAGUGAAUUUGAAUACCACAAAGGAGAACUGAAAACAAUCAACAGAGAAAUCAAAUUGACGGGAUUGCUCAUGGGCUACUCCCAACACGAGGAGAAAAUUAAGCAAAGCUUAUUGGCUUUGCAUCAGUACCUUGAACAUCCUGACGAAAACAAUCGACACAUUUUCAUGCGGGAAGCGGCCAGUCUCACCAGCAGCAUCAGUGUCAUUGUCGACGGAUUGCUGGGGCAAAACGCUUUCAAUCCGGAUAUUAUGGCCGUCAUGCUAGACUCUAUCGGAUGCCAUGGGCGACAAUUGCACAAGAAAAUCAAGUUCAUAAUGAGCAUAGUUAUGACCGGACUUUGGGUGCGCGGUGAGUACCAAAGAAUGAGGAACUUAACAGAGCUGGACAGUUCGCAUUUCAAGAAUUUUAUCAUGACGUCAACGAUUAAAUUGACUAAGAGGCUCGACGACAUGGUCAUCGACUGUCAAGCGGAUGAGAAAAAUGUCAGCCAAGAGAUGCGCAAAGUUAUGAAAAGCCAAACGUCCCGUGCUAUAAAAUCUAUUGCCGAUGCUCUGCUUCAAUUCCUCGAAGACAAAUACGAUACCAAAAAGUGGAUCGUCGUUGUCCUACCGAAUUUAUCUGAAAAUUUGAUCGCCACACAUGGAAAUUGGUCGGGAAUCACAUCCGAAAAAUGGCACUACGUUCUCGAAAAAGGAAUAAUCGCUCUGGCCGUUUCGGUGAAUCAAAGCGACUGGUCAAAAUUCGUCUACCAAUCGGCCAGUAAUUUUUUAGAAAAAUUCGACAUUCCUAUACGCACGUCCCCUGGUUUACUAUUUGGAAUUCCAAGAUAUUACGUGAAUGCCAAACAAAUUCACGAACAUCUCAACCGUUUCCUGUUGCCGCUUCGAGCCAAGAGCCAGACAGACAUCCAAACUCUUGUGGUCGAAGUGGAUCCUGCCAAAGUGACUAUCACGGCCUCUAAUGGAACGGAAUAUUUGCGACUGUCUAAUCAAUUCAAUUGCUGUCACUUGGUGAUGGUCGUAAUCAAAUCCUCCGACUCGGAUUCUAUUCCCGCUGCUAGAAAUCAACAAAUUUGCGCUCACAGUCUCACGAAGGAUUCAAAUGAGCCCGGUCUUUUGCGCAACGAAUGGAAUCAAGCUUAUCUCUCCGUCUAUGACGAUAGAAACCAAGAAAGUCUACCCAUCAUUUUGGAUCGGGUGUGGCGGAACAGCUCCGGACAAAGAUGGCGAUUCGUCAACGACCAACUGAUAAACGAUCACAAUCAAUGUCUGACGGCCUGGACUGAAGGAUCGUCUUUACUCUACCAGUACGAUUGCCAUCGUGAUUGGGUCGGACAAAUCUGGCACCGCAACGGUCUACAAAUCGUCAACGGUUACAAUUUGUGUCUAGACUACGAAGGUGUCACCUACGACGGAACUAUGAGAGUUGUUCAGAAUUACUGCGAUUCGACUCCGUCGUUUCUCUGGGCCGACUGGGAUACGUCCUGCGAGGACGCCCUGGUUCCUCCUCCUUCCGGCGCCGGAAGCCGAUCCUUCCGCAACGAAUUCUCUAGACGAUAUUUGAGCGUGUACAGUGACGAAGAGUACGUGUUCGACAAACCCUGGAACAAUUCACCGGGAAAAAAUUGGACGUUCGUCGACGACACGCUGAGAAACGGUUUCGGCAAAUGUUUGAUCGGUAAAGGUUGGUACGUCCAGCAGGUCGAUUGUGACGGAAGCGACAAGGCCAAGCGUUGGACGUUGAACGAAAAACGACAAAUCGUUAGCGCUGAGGGUUACUGCUUGGGCGUUGGCGAUAAGGAAGGUUACGUAUCAUACACUUACUGUAAAGAUUCCGCAGCAUAUCGAUGGUGGUAUUACUAAUAAAUUUCUGAUAAGAGAAACCACAUCCGAAAGUAUCAAUUUGAUUUUAACCCUUAAAGGAAUAAUGCUGCCACGUUUCGUUGUGCUGACCUUGCCUAAAUACCGACGUUGGUAGAAGUUGAUAGUCGUUAUCAUUAAUUUAAGUUUGCGUGGAAAUAACAGAUAACAUUUUUGGAAACUCGAUAGCUUUGGAGAUUCAUGGACGGAAGGGAUUAUCAACUGAAAUUUGAUCACGUAAAUAUGCACUGCGCGUAAAUACGCGACCAUCAAUUUUUAUCUGGCGAAUGGAAAAACCAUCUCUCCAGACUAGACAAAAUGGAUAAAGUCUGCACUCUGCAGUAAUGGCUUGUAAGUGAAGUUAGCAGAACGAGUCCAUCAAGCGAGUUCUUUUUUAGCAGGCAGAAAAUGGUUCCAGCAAAGUUUUGAGUGAGUUUCAAAAUUUAAAUUAGACUGCCGAAAAUGCUCAGACUAUGUGUAGCGCUGGAAAGUGUAUCGCUCAUAAUAUUUCAAUUAUGUGUAAUCGUUGCGGCUUUUACUUCUACGAAAAAUACAAAUAGUGAUGGCAGCCGCAUAGGAAUGCUUAACAAAGAAGUGCUCUAUGUGAACCACAGUAUGUCCUCAGUCGCCAUUAAUCCAACAAGAGGCAAACGAUUCGUCAUGGAAGAAGCCAUUACGAAAAGCAUCGAAGUGGUGACGGAACUACUGGUUGAACUGAUAGUAAAUAACGUUGAACAAUCUUUCGAUAACGCAGAAA